UUGCAAAACGCCAUUAGGGCUGUCCAUCAAAGGGGAACCAUUUGACAUAUAAAUCUGGGGCCGAAACGCUGGAAUGCUGUCAUCAUGCUGAGAACUGGCUACGUGAUUUGUGUGAUUCUAUCACUGCUCUGGAAUGGACUCCUAGCUAUCCGAGUUCACUGCCGGCACACGGAGCGCGUUCACGAGGAGAACAUCCACCGCUGCUGCAAGCAUCCCGAUGGCCACAACGAUGUCACCGAAAUGUGCGCCAAGCAGACCAACUUCCGACUGCCCAAUCCCAACGAGGAGGCCAUCGAGGAUGUGACGGUGGACCAGGCGAUGCUGGGCACCUGCUGGGCCAAGUGCGUCUUCGAUCACUACAAUCUGAUGGAGAACAACACGCUGGAUAUGGUCAAGGUGCACUCGUACUACAAGCGAUACCACAAAACCGAUCCGGAGUACGAGACUGAAAUGCUGAAUGCCUACCAGAAAUGUCACUCCAAAGCUGAAGAUGCCACCGAGCAGUUCCUAUCACUGCCAAUCAUUAGGGCCUUCUCCACCGCCAAGUUCUGUAAGCCGACCUCGAGCAUCAUCAUGUCCUGCGUCAUCUACAACUUCUUCCACAAUUGUCCUGCGAAUCGCUGGUCCAAUACCACCGAGUGCGUGGAAACCUUGGCCUUCGCCAAGAAGUGCAAGGAUGUGCUGACCACAAUGUGAGCAUUUUGAAGUCCUGUCCCAGGAAAUAUUAUACAUUUCAAUUGUUCAAACCUUAUGAUUUAUCAACGAUUAAAGCAAAGCAAUGGCUUGGCAA